AUGGCAGACUCUCAACAACAGCCCUCGGAGUCAGCGCCACCACAUGGAUCCGAGCACAUCGCUCUCAUCGGCGUGGGCGCCAUCGGCAUCUCCUUUUUGGCUCUGCACUUGACCUACACGGCCGCGCGGGUGUCGGUGUUUGACCCGCGGCCGGACCUGAAGGAGCACGUCGCGGCCAUUUUGCCGUUAUAUCUGCCAUCGACAUCGCAAUCGUCGGGGUCUCCCGAGUCUUCUGGGAUAUCGGUCGAGCAGCUCACGGCGUCGGGCCGGCUGAGGUUCUGCUCGACGCUGCGCGAGGCCGUGCAGCACGCGACCAUCGUCCAGGAACAGGGGCCCGAGCAUCUCCCCUUCAAGCAGCGGACGUGGUCCGAGGUGCUGCGCUACGUGAGCGCCGAGACGCACCUGUGGUCGUCGACGAGCGGGAUUCCUGCGAGUCAGCAACUCGCGCACCUUACGACCUCCACCUCCUCCCAAGGGGAUGUCGGUACCACGACCACCGCGGCGGCUAGUAACAGCGAUCUCUCCGACGAGACAAUCGCCUCCGCCCGCUCCCGCCUCCUGAUCGUGCACCCCUUCAACCCACCCCACCUGAUGCCGCUGCUCGAGCUGGUCCCCUCGCCACACACCUCGCCCGCCGCGACGGGCUUUGCAAAGACCUACUUCGGCAGUCUGGGCUCGAUCCACCGGCCCAUCACGAUCCACAAGGAGACGCCCGGCUUCGUGGCCAACCGGCUAUCGUUCAUCCUGUUCCGCGAGGCGUGCCAGCUGGUCGCGUCGGGCGUGUGCACGGCGCGGGACCUCGACGAGAUCGUGCGCGCCAGCCUGGGCCCGCGCUGGGCCGUCGCGGGGCCCUUCCAGAUGUACAACUUCGGCGGCGGCGCGAGGGGCAUGCGCGGGUUCCUCGACAAUAUCGGCGAGGCGAUCGACGCGGUGUGGAGCGACGAUGCGGAGAAGGUGAGUAUGCGCGAUGACGAUAACAGUGGUUGGAAGGACGUAGUCGUCGAGCAGACCGCGACCGCGUACGGUAUGCCCAGCGCAGAGGAUAUUCGGAGGAGAGAUCGCGGGUUGAAGGCCGUCGUGGGGGUUCAGGAGGAGCUGGAGAGGGAGCAAGAGCAAGAGUAG